GUUGGGAAAGGUAGGUCGACAUCUAGGACAGGGUUUGUUUUAACUUAAUCCACGUCCAUCAAAUUAAUAAACGACAAUGGAGAAAUUUCAGAGUUUAUCAGACUUUAUAAAUAAAGACAACAAUUGGUUGAUCCUAGGUGGUACCGGAACUAUUCUAAUUGGUGGAAUAACUGCUUAUAAACUUUUAACAAAACGAAAAAAGAAAAGUUGGCCCAAAGAUACAGUUGUAUUACAUUCACUUGACAAAGGCAUCUGGGAUAUGAGUUUAACACCAUUUGCUGUUAAACUAGAAACAUAUUUCCGAUUGGCUGAUAUUCCUUACAUUAACAACCCAACCAAUCAGCAAUCAUCUAAGAAGAAAAUACCAUGGAUUGAGUAUAAUGGCGAAACUGUGGCUGAUUCUGCUUUUAUUAUAGAAUAUUUAAAUAAAAAGUUAGCUUUAGAUCUCAAUAAUAUGCAUUUAACACAAACAGAAAGGGCUAUAGGUCGUGCCUUCUCUAAAAUGGUGGAAGACAAUACUUAUUGGACGAUGGUGAUGUCAAGGUGGUACCAUGAUAUCUAUAAAGUUGAUCCACCGGGUCUUGGUUUGUUAGGCAGCUGGCUUCUGCCAUUUGCUGCUCGAAUGAUAUAUAAACAGGGAUGGCAACAAGGUAUGGGUAGACACAGUCGUGAUGAAGUACUACAUAUCAUGGAGGAAGAUUUAAAGGCGGUUUCUCUGUUUUUAGAUAAAAAGAAGUAUUUGUUUGGAGAGAAACCAUGUGAAGUUGAUUGUGCUGUAUUUGGUCAAUUAUCACAGUUUUGUUGGCAUAUGCCUGGUUUAUACGGCGAGACAUUAAUACAUGAGAAAUACCCCAAUCUAAAAGAUUAUUGCUAUCGAAUGAAGAAAGCGUUCUGGCCAGAACUGGGAACAAGUGCAAGAAGCAAACAGGAGAAAAAAUCAACAUGAACUGAACAUUUUGUACAGUUAUCUAACAUAGCGCUUUUCAGAUUAUUAUUUUAGUUCUUCAAUAAUAUUAUACUGCACGUACAUUAGUUAAUUCGAAAAUUUUUUGCACAUAUUAUCUCAAUCUACGGAUGUGACCUUUUUGAGAAGGAAUACGAAAACUACAAAGUUUAUCGAGAUUUUCCGGCGUUGUUUCCCAUUGUCGCCAAUGUCGGUGGUGCAGGACGGAGAGUAACCUAGACCUGAUGGCGUUGGGCAACCGCUUCCGGUUUCUGAGUUAUACUACUUUUAACCCGUUUAGCGGGGGGGGGGGGGGGUCAUGCGCUAGUAAAUGAUAACGUGCAAGGUUAACCUGAAGUAAAAGCCACUGAACAUCCUAUAACAAAUAUCAUCAUAUUGAUCGCCAUUUCCUGCAGAAUAAUUUAUUAUUGUUAAGGGGGUGAUUAUAUUUUAUUAUAUUACCUAAUAUUGUAUACUCCUAAAUACAUUAAGACAGGAGAUAAACCGGGGAGAGAUGGUGACAAUCAGACCCACAGCAAAUGGAACAAAGGGAGUUUCUCGAUGAUAAUUGUUUGAAAAUAAAAAGAUGCGUUCUUCAAUUCACAGAAAAGUGGACACGGUCAAAUCUCUGAUAGAAAUUGGGUCAUUUUCGACCAUUUUUUUGCAUUGAAAUGAUAAGGCACACGCCGUAAAUUACAGAUAAUGGAAUCGGAUUCAAUUUCGGAAAGACACGAGGGGUUUCACGAUGAUAAUUGUUUGAAAUUGAGAAGACGCGGUCUUCAAUUCAUAAAAAAGUGAAUACGGCCCCCCAAUCUUUGAUAUCAAUGGGGUUGUUCUCUGAUUUCGUAAAGACAGGGAGAGUUUAGCAAUGCUUUUCGCUUAAAAAUGAGAAGAACCGUUCUUCAAUAAACAGAAAAUUGAAUACGGUUAAAUCUCUGAUAAACAAAAGGGGUACAUGUAAUUUUGAACCAAUUUUUCACCUUGAAAUGACAAGGCGCACGCCGUAGUUUCGUAAUUUACUGAAACUGGAAUCGUGACUAGAGGAGUUUCUCAAUGAUGUUUGCUUGAAAAUGAGAAGACGCUUUGUCAAAUUAACAGGAAAUUGAAUACGGUCCAAUCUCUAAUACGGUCCAAUCUCUGAUAGAAAUAGGUUCAUUUUCUAACAUUAUUUACAUUGAAAUGAAAAUAAUUUACCGAAACUGGAAAUAACAAAUUUUUCCCGCUUCAGCGAAAAUCUAAGUGCAGUUAUGCAAAAUAUGUUUUUUAUGUGCUUUUUUUCUAAGAAAUCUAAAACGUAUAUUCCCUAAUCCACAGCAAAUGGAACCGGGUGCAAUUUCGAAAAGACAAUUAAGGAAGUUCUCGAGAUCAUAAUUGUUUGAAAAUGGGAAGACACGUUGUUCAAUUCACGGAAAAGCGAAUACGGUCAAAUCUCUGAUAGAAAUUGGGUCGCUUUCGACCAUAUUUUUGCAUUGAAAUGAUAAGGCACCCGCCGUAAUUUACAGAUAAUAGAAUAAAAUUCAAUUUCGGAGAGACACGAGGGGUUUCACGAUGAUAUGAAUGGAGCCGUUCUCUGAAUUCGGAAAGACUUGGGGAGUUAAUCAAGGCUUUUUACUUAAAAAUGAGAAUACGCUUUCUUUAAUAAAUAGAAAAUUGAAUACAGUCAAAGUCAAAUCUCUGAAAGCAACUUUUUGCAUUGAAAUGAUAAAGCGAGCGCCGUGAUUUCCUAAUUUACAGAAACUGGAAUCGUGUCCAAUUUUGAAAAGACACUGGGAAUUUCUCAAUGCUUUUUGCUUUCUGCUUAUUACAAGUCUUUCUUUAGGCCUGAAAUGUUAUCUAAAUUAUCAAUUAGACAUUAAUUAACUUAUCCAGACCAUAAUGAACUCUCGAUGUCAAGGCUAGCCUUCGAUGUUGGCUGGAUUAGAUUCCUAUAUGCCGCUAACGGCUAUUGAUAAUUAAAUCAAUAAAAGUGGAUAAUCGAGACUAUGCUGUUUAUAUUAAUGAUUUUAGUAAUGAUGACCGAGACUAUGCAAAAAUUUCACCCGCUUCUUUCUCGGCUCAUAGUGGAUCCAUUUGACUGAAAUUUUCAGCAAAUUACCUUUACACUAUCUAGUUUUUAACUAUUAUAGCGAGAACUGCCAUCUCUUUAUCUUAUCUCCCAUAAUGUAUCUUUAACUGAAACGUGAAUAGAAAAGGGGUCGUUCUCCCAUUCCGGACAAAAAUGGGUGAAAUUUGCUCGAAUUUUAAAUACCAUUUGAAUCUUUGAUUGGAAAUAGGAUGACGCCUUCUCCAAAUCCAAAAGUUUGAAUGAUGUUCAGUAACAGGUUGCCCACACAUUGGCGUGCACGUAAAAGAACCCUUGACAGUUGGAAUUCAAUAUAUGUGUAGGCCGUAGUGCCACUAUCCUGGCAAAAUGUCCCUAGCACACUGCAUGGCGUAUGCCCGCCUUCAUUAGCCCAACCAGAGCUGAACAGUAGGAGGUUAAACCCCAUUUCAUUUAUCCUUGCCUAUACGACCCGCUUAGGGUGGCCAUUAUACUACUAUACACGAUAAGCACCAUCAGUUAAGAGGCACAAAGUAAUCCCAGCAUCACAGAAUAAAUAUCAGGAUUUGGAAAAAUAUAAACUAUCAAGAGAUGUGAUAUUUAAUUAAGCCCCAAAACCACGCGACCGAUCUAAUAACCUAUAAAGUGGAUGGGCAUUAUAAAAUAUCAACAUUGUAUAGUUUAUUAAAGAUGCAUUAUGCAAGAGCUAGAUCUGGCUCUUGUUAAAUGUAAUAUAAAUUAUAAUCCAACUCUCUAGGACAUCGGGUGGCUUAGAUGUUAAAUGGAUGAGAGGAUGUCUGUCAUAUCUUUGUUAAACGUUUAAAUGGAAAUUAUAAAUUACAUUUAUUACAUCAAAAUGGUACUUGACAGUCAAUUCAUAUUUGCGCUAUUUCUUGUCAAAGCUUCAAACAUUCAUAACUUCACUCAGAAUAAAGUAAUUGUAGUGACAUUUUCAAUAUAUUCAUUAUAAAUUAUCUAUUUUAAAACGCUAAUAGCUAGAGUGGACUGCUCUUUAUCUAAAUCUUACAUAUUGCAUCUUUAAUCUUAAUUAGUUAUAAGAUUAAUUAUCAAAUAUUAAUAUUUUAUAAGGGAUUAUCCUGAUAUAAUAUUUAGUUGUAUAAACCAUACGCCCUUGGGAGAAAUGAUAUUUGAUCUGUCUUUCGUUCGUUCGUGGGGGUUAACAUCCGCUGCCAUCGAGGGUGAUAUCGCAGAUAAAUCAAUUUUUCCUAUGAAACUUGCCAGUACAGCAACUCUAGUUCCACGUUGGGUUAUAUCUUGGUAUCAUGGAUGGAUUCAUGGAUUAGUAAGGUAUUAGUAUAUACAUAUGUAUCUCAGAUUGGUCACCAUUAACUAAGUAAUGUUUAUGUCCCAUCAUAUUUUAUGUAUAUUUAUUCUUGUAUUUCUUGUACAUACAUACAAAUACUAUUACUAUUACUAUCUGAUAUUUAAAUUUUGGAAAUAUUAUUACUCAUUCCAUCUUGGCGAUAUCAUUUAGUUGGAAGCGUGCGUUAAAUUUCACAUUACAAUUGUUACAAUCUCCUAGUAUUGAUUGUAGUUGACAGAUUCACGAUCCACCCAAUAGCCUUAUCAGAAACAUCUAGACAAAAAGCCAUUUAAUAAUACAAAUGAUAUAUAAAUGAUAUUGGAAUAAAGGUAUAAGUACGAGUAUAAAAAUGUUAAUUAGAAUCAAUGUACAGGAUUAUUCACAGUAUUCAGUUCAAUUUUACCAGUAUCCGGUUGAUUGUCUUCUUAGCUAAGAAUAUUUACAGUGAAAUAGAACAUAUUUUACAUUAUGAUAACAAUAUUUAUAAUGAAAUAUAAUAUGUUUUAUUAUAAUAAUAAUCUUUACAUAGUUUAUAUAAUAAUAACUGUCUUUGUGAAAUUACAUACAUUACAAUAUAAUAACAACCUUUGUAGUGAAAUCGUAUAUAUUUUGCUUUACAGAAAAUGUUACAUUGUAAUUACUUUUGAGAUGAAGAAACCGUGGUUGUUGAUUAGUUUGCUGAUUGUCAUAAUUGUUGUUCAUCAUUUAAUGUACAGAAGAUAUUGUCCAAACAACAAAUGGUUUGCCAAUCCACAGCUAGAAAAUAACAUCACAGUAGUAACAGCCUACUUCAAUAUUGGUGAAUUUCAGAAAGGGUUGUCGGGCAAAUAUACUCCCGACCUUUACGUAAAAUGGAUGACAACGUUCCAGUACCUUAUAAACCCGCUUGUUGUUUACGUAGAUGAACAGAAAAUGGCAGAUAUUUUUAAAGAUCUAAGAAAAGGUUUAAAAAGUGUAACAAAAAUUAUCGUUCUGGAUAGAAAAUAUAUGUGGUCAUUUGGACUUAAACACAGAAUAGGUCAAAUAUUUUCCUCCAAAUCUUAUCCUAGGUUUUAUCCAAACACGGUUGUUCCAGAAUACGCAUGCGCUAACCACGCUAAAUAUGAAUGUCUGGAGAAAGCCAUCCAAGAAGACUAUUUCUCAACUGCUUAUUUUUCAUGGCUGGAUAUUGGCUACUUUCGUGACAUAGUUUCUUGUACCAAGGAUUUUACAUUAGUAUUGCCAGAUUGCUUUGAUCAAGAAAAGAUCUCAUUCACACAAAUCUAUGAAUUUACACCACAAAUAAAUAUGUCCGAUAUUUUUCUGAAAAAUCGUGUGUGGGUCGGAGGUGGGAUGAACUUGGCCAAAAAAGAAGUCAGUAAAGAAUUUGUACGUCUUUAUAGAAAUUCUGUAGAUACACUAAUGCAAAAAUCAUUAAUGAGUACUGACCAGCAAGUCAUUUAUUCUAUUUAUUCCAAUAAAGGACGAGCGAUAUUUAACCCGACUGUCGAAGUACAACCUUACAGAUCGAACGAUUGGUUUUACUUGGGAUUCUUAUGCCAUCGUUCUUACAAUAAAUCUUCAUUUAGAGAGGACUAGGGCGUUGAACUCCUAUUUCGUUAAAUCGUUUAUUUGAGGGGAGGGGUGUUAUAAUUUUAGCACAUGUAGACCACUCUUUAGACUGCUUCAUAUUACAGCGUUAUAGAUUGAACGUUUUUUAAAUCGAAUGUCGAAGUGGAACUUUUGAGACAGAGCGAUUAUAACUUAUUGUGCCAUACACAGCCAAAAUGGUUUUUACUUUAAAACAAUGAACUUACCUUAGUGAAUGUUCAAUCUGAAAUGACAAUUUCUAAAGUGAAUAUGAAACAGCUCUAGUAAACGUACACUGCCAACAGAGCCGUGUAUUCGCCUAUAAACAGUCAUAAUGCUGGUGAUAUUCUUUACAUCUAUCUAUACUAAUAUUUGUGACCGUCGUUUGGUUUGUCUAUUCAGGGUUGGCGGCUACACAAGGGGAGUCCCGAGGCUGAAAUUUGGUGUAAUGGGGUAGCUCGGACCGUGGAGUAACAUUGGUCUACCGCUUGGCUUACCGCUUGGUGACAUUGGCCUACCGCUUCCGGUUUCAGAGUUACUGGCACAACCCGGGUCAUUCACUAGUCAGAACAUUGAGUUUAUUUGUUCAAAUUGCCUUUAUAUUUACUCAGAACGUGAUGUUUCGGUUUAAUAAAAAUCUGUAGUAGUA